CCUUAUCACUUCCAAAAAAUUCCAACAAAAACGUCAAUACGUGUCGCGUGUAAGCAAGUGUAGCCGUGUUCCAUUCCAAUUUUCCAAAUUCAGAGACAGUUACAUUACAUUUUACAUUGAGAGAAGAUCGAGUACGUGAGCUAUAUUUGAUAUUCAUUGUUCCAUUCGUAUUACAAUAUUCCUACAUAUUUUCAUCAAGUAUUCCUUCCUUGAAAACUUGUAAAAAUGCCAGCUGCAGCUAGUGCCACUUCAGUCGGAGCUGGUUCCAGAUCUCCAUCAAAACCAUCUGGUGCUAGGAUCGCUGGAGGCUCAACUGUGCGUCAAAGGAAAACGACCACAACAGCAAGCAGGAGUCGUGCCGCUGGCGGAGCUGGAAGCGGUGGUAUGUGGAGAUUUUACACUGACGAUUCUCCUGGUGUAAAAGUUGGACCAGUUCCAGUAUUAGUUAUGUCGUUGUUGUUCAUUGCUUCCGUAUUCAUGUUACAUAUCUGGGGAAAAUAUACACGAAGUUGAAAGAUGUCAUUCCAUUAAAGGCUUUAUUUUGUAAUUUCAUGUUAUGGUUAUCGGUUAGAAUAUCGUGUAAAUAAUUCAGUUGUAAUGAUUCAAAACGUCUUCUAUGUGUAAUUGAAUUAUCUAUUAAUUAUAUAUCCUUUUGUAUAAUAAAUUUUUCAACAAUAAAUAUUUAUUCAAAGAAA